AUGGUCAAACUCUACCACGAGACCGAACAGGAAGCCAUCGACGCCAUCAGACAUUGGUUCAUCCCUGAUACCAAUACCCCUGAACGUGGGACUGAGCAUUUCGAGGAAAAGGAUGGCAAGGAUGGGUACGAGGCCAAGAUCGAUUACAAGCCCGUCUUGAGCGUGCGGUAUUCAGAGGAACAAGGAGAAGCCGCACACCCUACAAAACUCGCCGAACCUUUCCCUCCCUUCCUAUGGGGCGUCUUCAGCAUCACCGACAAGGAACAAGAAUACAUGCACGCCCUAUACGACUCCCUCCCCUACGCCAACCAACAAGCCCGCAAGCUCGCCUGGGAGCAAUGCUACGACUACUGCGCAUAUUUUGAUACCGGCUGUAAUGGCCAAGGGUAUCAUGGGAACUGGGCGAAGAGGCAUUAUGGAGAUCAUAUUCCCAACGAGACGAACAAGGGGAGCGAGGACAGGUGUUUCCACGUCCGGGUACCUAUGGUGGAUUCGUCCAUGUCCGGGGCCAAAUUCGAGCUCUACGUCAGACCCGUCAUCUUGAACAAGACUCCUUCUCGGUUCAAGGCCGAGCCGGGAGCCAUCAAGGUCGAGGAGAUGAAGGCGGAGACGGGAGGCAAGAAGAGGAAACGACAGCCGAUCAAGGUCGAGAUCGAGGUCGAAGUCGAGGACGGGGCCGCCGAGGACAAGACACGACCCGGUAUCAAGGCCAACGCCAGGAUCAAGCCCAACGUCGGCAAAAGACGAAUCGGGAGGCUCUUCAGACAGCCCGGAGAUAUCAAUGAGAGCGAUAGCAGCCGCCUCCCGACCGAAGACGAGGGCGAGGACGAGGACGAGGACAUGGGUGGGGAUAAAACCAACGACGAGGCCGAGUCUGACGGGUUGUCUUGCCCCGUUUUCGCCAAAAAGUGGCCUGAAGGAUACGGUCAUGGCGGCCUGUUUUGA